AUGGCGUCAAACGCUACUAGCGGUUUCGUGGUCCCCCAGGAUGCAGAGCCCACAAGGGAUUAUAGCGCUGAAUUCCAGCGAUUGUGUACAAACGUCAACCCUGUCAACCACGGUGAAUUCGAAGGCACAGUUUCUGCUGUGAUAGAAGAGGCAGCCCGGGAUGAAUCGGCAAGCUCCACACGAGCGUGUCCUGUGGCCAUUCAACGUUGUCGUCGAGGGGGGAAGACGUUUAUGCUUCAUGCUGUCGCCAGCAUACUGGAGCGCUGCAAGGGGAAUAGGCUCCCAGCAGAGACAAUGAUCAUCUUCAUAUCACUCAACAGCGUGACACCAUACAACGUUGCACAAGAGACAGCCUACGAUGCCAUCCUGUCCAGAAUUGCGUGGGAACUCACCAAUCGAAACGUCAAGUCCUUCAUUAAUUUCAGAGGCAGACACAGCGACUUUGGUGCUGUUGAUGACUGGCUGACUGACAAGAAGGUUAUUCUCAUUGUGGACGAGCUUAAUGUCAUUCAAUAUACGGCAACCCAGUACACCGAUAGGAGCGCACUUCUUGGAAAUAUUGUUCAGCGAAAUGGAUGUGCUGUGCUCUACUCAACGCACCAGCGUAGUACAGCCGAUUUGCUGAGAGGCCUGUCACGGCGACGACACAUUUGGAAACACAUCCCAAGGAUUGUCAAUGAAGAUUGUCUUCGUGGCCUUUACUGUACAAGGAGCCGACGGAAGAGGCUUCUUUUUGGUCUGCCGUCUUACGAGGGAGACUUCCUGCAUUGGUGUUGCAAGAUUCUGGAAUGA